CUCCGACGGAAAACCACAUUCGUCCCUUGCUCCCACUUUCGCCAGUCCGCCAAACCACCACACAAGUGGACAAAAAUAGUGACAUUGUCACAAAAGCGACCGACAAUGCCUCCAGUAGCACUGGAAUUAGGCACCUCAACUGCAUCGACGGCCUCGUUCGCCUGUCCCCAAUGCCAGAGGAGCUUUAGUCGGAGAGAAAACCUUUCCCGACAUCUUAGAACACACCGAUCGAUAAAUACACAUUCUUGUUCUAUAUGCUCAAAAACAUUCACCAGAAGCGAUAUACUGAAGAGGCAUGAAGCAUUACACCUACGGAAUGAUGACAUAACAAAUGUGGCCGGCGAAAGUAGCGGAGUCAGUAAAAGAAGAAAAAGGGGCCUGACAAAAACUGUCAUCAAUGGCUCUCACUUGAACACACCGCCCGAAAACCACACUGCUCCUUCUGAUGCGGUACUUCUUAGGGAGGAUCAUUCUCCAUAUGUUCUACAACAUGGCGCCGACAACAUGACAAGUCACUCCAUUCAAACCACCCAUUCCGACCUUACACUUUCUAGCUCUCUUGAAGAUACUCCAACUCAACCUGGUUUGGAGACAUCUGACGCGACUUGGCGUCACGUUGCAAAUCUACCGUUUGAUUUUUCCUUCCUGGAUCCUCCUAGCCCACACGUCGAAGGCAGAAGCAUGGACAAUUGGUUCACAGGAGAAUUUUACUCGGCGUUGAACGAGACUGGUAUUGGUUGGGAUGAUGCUGAUACAUCUCUUGGUCAAUCAUCGUCAACUGAUCGAUGGAAUACAAGCAGAGCCAGGCAGAAACAUUCUCAGCACAACAAUUAUCAGCCCACGAAUGGUGCAACCCAUGCAACGAGGCUUGCUAGGGCUACGCCGCGCAAUGAUCCUGCAGUGGGACAUGUAAGUCGAGCACCCUCUCCACCGAAUGUGGUGUCCGACGAGGAUGGAUGGCCGUUCGCUUGGAAUCCACGGUCAUCUCAGGUUCUGAGAACCGAAUUGAUAUCAAUUGCCGGCGAUGACCCUCUAUUUUUGGCUCACGAUCCUAAAUACAACAUUUCUGUUAACACCUAUCAAGCUGUGAUCGACUGGUUAGAUUGGACACAUGAUCAUCGCCUGGCCGAAAGUUCAACUCCUCUAAAUAUUCCAAGCUUGGAUGUUAUCAAUCUAUUUAUCGCACUCUUCUUUCGGCAUUACCAUCCUCAAAUGCCUGUUAUUCAUCUAGCCACUUUGGUGAUGGACGAAGAUCUCCCUCCGGCCCUAUUGGCCUCCAUGGUCGUCAUUGGCGCCACAUACAGCCAUCAAAGGCAUACGAGAUCAUUUACCAUUAUGCUUCUUGAUCGGGUGAGGCGCGGAUUGUUGAUGAAUACCGAAUACGACCAUGGGCUAGUGAGAGAACCUAUGAUUAUCUAUGCCUUUCUUCUAGUUUGUCAUACAGGGCUGUGGUGCGGGAACAAACGUUCCUUUGAGCUUUCACAAUCUCUACGAGGGUCUGUGGUGAAUUUUUGCCGGCGCAAGGGCUUUGGCAAUGAUUUUCCGCAAACUCCGAUCCUGAAUCAGAAUAAUACAGGAGCUAGCAGUCUCGAAAUUCAAUGGAGGGAGUGGGUUUUUGAUGAGAGUCAAAAACGACUCUGCUGGGCAGUUUUCAUGCUCGACUGCCAGUUCCCAACUCUACUCAAUUUGCCUUCCACCAUUUCGCGAGGCGAAUUAUCAUCACUAGAGUGUCCAUGCGACGAAGAGUUCUGGCAGGCUCCAUCAUCACGACACUGGAAACGCUUACUCGGGCCAGCCUCUGUCCCACCAUCAAUAUCUUUCACUACUGCGCUUUCCUCUUUUAUUGUGCCUCACAUUGCUGAUGUCACUGGGCCCGGAGGUUUACAGAAUGAUCGACGAGACUUGCAGCCUGAGCUUUCUCCAAUGAAGCUUAACCCAUCGAGCCAAUUCAUUGUGCUUCUUGCGAUAUUAAGUCAGCUUUAUGAAUAUUCUCAAGAAGUAGUACUUGCAGGAAAGAUUUGUGGUGGUGAUGUUUCGUACGACAAUAGAGAUGCAAAUGACGACUCUACUGUUACCACAGAAUUUCAUAGGGACGCCGCGAACCAAAUGAGAGAAAUGCUAAGUGGUCCUUCAGAGACAGAAGGAUGGGCCAUCUGGAAGCAUCUUGCCAAAAGAAAGAUGCAACUAUUAGAAUCACUUAACAGAUGGAGCGAAACAUACAAUCACUAUUCAAAGAAUAUACCGCGACCAUCCAACGCGUUGGAUCAUUUCCAAGAAUCCUCUAUCCUGCUCUAUAAUCUUGGUCGACUACUCCUCGAGAUACCACUCACCGACAUUCAGAAUGCAAUUGGCAAAUCUGGGCCUUCAAAGAUUCCUGAAGCAAUGUCAAAGGUAUCAAAUUGGGUCAGAAUGUCUCCGCAGUCGCUUGAUGCGGCAUUGCUAUGUAUAGAAAUAAUUGAUUCACUCGCACCAGUCAAUCACAACUCAUCCGCCGACAAACACUCGACUGUGAGGUACAGUGUCCACAGCAUCAUAACUGUCUUCCUCUGCCACAUCACUCUUUGGGCCUUCAUCAAUGUCGCGCGAAGAGAACAAAAACAGGGGCUCAUGCAUUUGAUAGAGAUUAAUGAUAAAAUAAACUCCGGUCACUUUACUGCGGUAGUAAAGAGGGGUCUAAUCGAAAAUAGCGAAGAUGCCCUGAAUUGCAUGGUGUCCUCGUCUGAUGCUUCGAGAUUGAUAUUUCGAAGUGCAUCAGAGGUCCUCACACGCAUGAGUACUUGGGGUGCAGCUUUGGAUUUGGCUGUCUUGCUAUAUAAGAGAGCCGAAAUGUAAUUGAGGC